AUGCCGCCUGCGCGCCCCGCGAGCCCCCGCGCGCCCCCGCCCGCCCCGGGUCUGCGCGGAGCCGCGCCGUCCAGGACGGCCCCUGGCCGGCCGGCGGCCGGGCUGCUGCUGCUCCCGCUCCUGCUCCUGGCGGCCGCGGGCCUCGGAGGGGCGGCGGCGGGGCCCGGGCUCGCCUUCAGCGAGGAUGUGCUGCGCGUGUUCGGCGCCAACGGGAGCCUGUCGGCGGCGCAGCUCGGGCGGCUGCUGCAGCGCCUGGGAGCCGGCCCCGCCGAGGGCGCCCCGCAGCCCGCGCCGCUGCACUUCAACCAGUGUUUGUCAGCUGAAGAGAUCUUUUCCCUUCAUGGCUUUUCAAAUGCUACCCAGAUCACCAGCUCGAACUUCUCUGUCAUCUGUCCAGCAGUCCUUCAGCAACUGAACUUCCAUCCCUGUGAUGAGCGUCCCAAACAUGAUUCAAAGCCAAGUCUUUCUGAAGUAUGGGGAUAUGGAUUCCUGUCAGUGACAAUCAUUAAUCUGGCAUCUCUCCUCGGAUUGGUUUUGACUCCGUUGAUAAAGAAAUCUUAUUUCCCCAAAAUUCUGACCUAUUUUGUGGGGCUGGCUAUUGGGACUCUAUUUUCAAAUGCAAUUUUCCAACUUAUUCCAGAGGCAUUUGGAUUCAAUCCUAAAACUGACAACUAUGUUGAGAAGGCUGUUGCUGUAUUUGGUGGCUUUUAUUUACUUUUCUUUUUUGAAAGAAUGCUUAAGAUGUUAUUAAAGACGUAUGGUCAGAAUGAUCAUGCCCACUUUAGAAAUGAAGACUUUGGUCCUUCGCCAGAAAAAAAUCAUCAACCUAAAACAUUGCCUGCCAUCAAUGGUGUGACAUGCUAUGCAAACCCAGCUGUCACAGAGCCUAAUGGACACAUCCAUUUUGAUAAUGUCAGUGUGGUAUCUCUACAGGAUGAGAAAAAGGAGGCAAGCUCAUGCACCUGCUUGAAGGGGCCCAAACUGUCAGAGAUAGGGACGAUUGCCUGGAUGGUGACGCUCAGUGAUGCCCUCCACAAUUUCAUUGACGGCUUGGCGAUCGGGGCUUCCUGCACCUUGUCCCUUUUCCAGGGACUCAGCACCUCGAUAGCAAUCCUGUGUGAGGAAUUUCCUCACGAGCUAGGGGACUUUGUGAUCCUACUCAAUGCAGGAAUGAGCACUCGACAAGCCUUGUUAUUCAAUUUCCUCUCUGCGUGUUCCUGUUAUGUGGGGCUGGCUUUUGGCAUCUUGGUGGGCAACAACUUCGCUCCAAAUAUUAUAUUCGCACUUGCCGGAGGCAUGUUCCUGUAUAUUUCUCUGGCAGACAUGUUCCCGGAGAUGAAUGACAUGCUGAGAGAAAAGGUCACUGGCAGAAAGACCGACUUCACCUUCUUCAUGAUUCAGAACGCAGGGAUGCUAACUGGGUUCACAGCCAUCCUGCUCAUUACUUUAUAUGCAGGAGAAAUUGAAUUGGGAUAA